UUGUGCCUGACAACAGCCAUCAUGCCUCGGGGUCAAAAGAGUAAGCUCCGUGCUCGUGAGAAACGCCGCAAGGCACGAGAGGAGACCCAGGGUCUCAAGGCCGCUCAAGCCACUGCAGCAGAGAAAGAGGAGUGCCCCUCCUCCUCUCCUGAUUUAGGGGAUACUUCCACUAGCUCCCCUGCUGCUGGCAUUCCCCAGGAGCCUCAGGGAGUCCUACCCACCACCACUGCUGCUGCAGCUAUGUCAUGCACCAAAUCUGAUGAAGGCGCCAAGAGCCAAAGUGAGGAAAAUGCAGGUUUCUCCCAGACCUCAACAUCCACUGGGAGUGCAAUCAAAGAUCCUAUAACGGGAGAGGCAGGACUGCUGAUGCAUUUCCUGCUAGAUAAGUAUAAAAGGAAGCAGCCCAUUACGAAGGCAAUCAUGCUGAAGUUUGUUGAUGAAAAGUACAAGGGUCACUUCCCUGAGAUCCUCAAGAGAGCCUCUGACCGCUUGGAGCUGGUCUUUGGCCUUGAUUUGAAGGAAAACAACCCCCGUCGCCACACCUACACCCUCACCAGCAAGCUAAACUUCACCAAUGAUGGAAACCUGAGUGGUGAUUGGGAAUUUCCCAGGAACGGGCUUCUGAUGCCUCUCCUGGGUGUGAUCUUCUUAAGUGGCAACUCUGCCACUGAGGAAGAGGUCUGGAAAUUCAUGAAUACAUUGGGAGCCUAUGAUGGAGAGGAGCACAUAAUCUAUGGGGAACCCCGGAAGUUCAUCACCCAAGAUCUGGUGCAGGAAAAAUAUGUGGAGUACAAGCAGGUGCCCAACAGUGAUCCCCCAUGCUAUCAAUUCCUGUGGGGUACAAGAGCCUAUGCUGAAACCACCAAGAUGAAAGUUCUCGAGUUUUUGGCCAAGGUGAAUGGUACCACCCCCCGUGCCUUACCACACUAUUUUGAAGAGGCUUUGAGAGAUGAGGAAGAGAGAGCCCGCAUUCUAUCCAGUGUUGCAGCCAGGCGUCGCGCUAUUGUGCGUACUAGAGCCAGAUUGAGCAGGCUCUCCCACCGCAUGUGAAAACUAAGGUAGAUUGUUCACUUUGUUUUUGAGGCAAGAUGCCAACAUUUUAAAGUAGUGAGAAACCAAGAUAGAGUUAGAGAGAUCAUGAUAUAUAGCUUCUUUGUGUUCCUGUUAAACAUUAGUAUCUUUCAACUGUUUUCCUUUAAAUAGCAUGUUUAUUUAGAGUUGGAAUCUAUGUCUACGAAUGACAUGGAUUCCACAUUUAUUGGUGUUGCCAGAUUUAAGCAUAAGAGUUUUGAUAUUCUGUAAGACAUUUUGAAAUCCUUGAAUCAUUUUUGGGUUCAAGAAGAAGAAAGCAUAGUGUCAGAGAUUUUCUCAGAAAUGUGUGAAAGAACCUUACACAACAUAAUUGGAGUCGUAAAAUAGAGGAAGAGUAAACAAACCAUGUCAAUUGUUUUCUUCAUUCACUUUGCUUUUGUAAAAUCCAAAGAUAUACACCUGGUUGUCUUUAAGCUUUUCAAGAAUGCAAAUAAAUAGUAAUAA